GAUGACCAGUAGCUUAUGGUAGCUACAAGUUUUUAUCAUGUCUUUUCCCUUUAUGAUCUUUCUUAUGGUAUGAUCUCGAAUAUGACUAAUCCUUACCUUAUGUAGCUCUUGUAUUUUGUUCUUUUCCACUAUUAGAUUUUCCAAAGAAAGCCUACUCAAUAAUGGUGGUCCUGGGUUUGAAUCUAGAACCUUCCCGGUGCAUAUGAAUAAAUACAGUCAACCUUCUCUUUUUAUGUACCCUUUGUCUUUCUUGUCCCCCUUGUUUUCUUUUGGCUAAGCCAUAAUCGAAGGCACACCUUUAAUAAUUUCUUUGUUCUCAAUCAUUAUUCAUUUGCCGCUGAUUUUGCCAUUUUCACUUUACCAGGAAGUCGUGAAAGAAACAAUGGAGAGAGUCCCUAUUCUGAAAGAGCUCGUAGAUUACUAUAGUGGACCCGACAGAGUAACAGCAAAGAGACAACAGGAAGAGCUAGAAAGAGUUGCAAAAACUCUUCCAGAAAGCGCCCCUGCUUCUGUAAAGCAAUUUACUGAGCGGGCUGUUCUUUCUCUUCAGAGCAACCCAGGUUGGGGAUUUGAUAAGAAAUGCCAAUUCAUGGAUAAGCUAGUAUGGGAGGUUUCCCAGCACUAUAAGUAA